AUGUCACCCGCUGUGGGCGGCAGCUGCAGCCCCGACCAGGCCACUACUAGGGUCAGAGCCGUGAGGCUCCCCUACGCCGACGAAAUCGUGACGGCCAACCCCCUCGUCGACGCGCGGGUCGUGGCCGCGAACCCGGACCUCGCGGGCAAGCGCGCCCUCGACGUGUUCGAGGCCGUGACGACGGCCCUCACGGACGCGGGGCUCGCCGUCGUGGUCAACAACCACAUCACGCACGCAACUUGGUGCUGCGGCGCCGAUCCUUGCGAUGCCGGGUGGGCGAACGAUCACUUGGGGCCGCUGUGCCGCGUGCGCCAGACGGAGGAAGGCUGGAUCCGGAAUUGGGAGACCGUCAUGGUGCGGUUCGUGGACAACCCGCUCGUCAUCGGCGCCGACCUGCGGAACGAGGUGCGCGGCGUCUGGGGCACCAUGCCAUGGAGCAAGUGGGCCGCCGCCGCCGAGAGGGCUGGCAACAGGCUGCUCAAGAUGAACCCCGACUGGCUCAUCGUCGUUGGCGGGACCGAGUCGGGCAACGACCUCCGCGGCGUGGCUGAGCGGCCCGUGAGGCUCGACGUGCCGGGUAGGGUCGUGUACUCGGCGCACGUAUAUGCUUGGUCCGGCUGGGGCAGUCUCGAGGGGCGGUUCGCCAAGAGGGGGUACGCCUCGUUCGUCCACGCCAUGCGGGAGAACUGGGGCUACCUCGUCGAGGGCGACAGGGCGCCCGUCUGGGUAGGUGAGUUCGGGGCGCCGAGGGACCCGAGCAUGGGCGACGCCAACUACUGGCAGAACCUCGUGCGCUAUCUCAAGGUCGUCGACGCCGACUUUGGCUACUGGGCCAUCAACCCGAGGAAGCCAAAGGCGAACACGACGGAAACGUAUGCGCUGGUCGAGGAUGAUUGGAGGACUCCAGUGCUCGACUACCGCAUGAAAGACAUGGCAGAAAUGAUGAAGCAAGGCACUUCUGAGGGACACGAUGAAUUAUGA